AUGAUAUUAAACACAGUGAAUAAUCACACUACUACAACUACUACUCUGAUCAAUAAAAAUUCGACAAUCCCACUCCAAACAAAUUCAUCAUCAUCAAACAAUGAUUUUCUAAAAAAAUUAACUGAAACAUUUCAUGUAACAAAUAGACCAGCAUUAGCUAUAUUUCUCCUUGUAUUAAUUUGUAUUCUAUGCUUAACACUGAUCAUUUUAAUCAUAUUAUGUAUACGUACAUUUGUACGCAGAAGAUAUGUACCGAAAGUCUAUAGAAAAAAAGAGAAACCAGUCUAUGUAGAUGAUAUACCAGGAUUGAGAAGAUUUUCCAAUGCCACAAACACAAAUCAUCAUUGCGGUACCAUGGAAUAUUCAUUAAAUUAUCAUAUAGAAGAGGAACAAUUAGAAAUUUGUGUAAUACAAGCUAAUAAUUUAGCUAGUCCGACGGAACAAGAGAAAUUCAGCGCAUAUACUGAAGUUUCUUUAGUAAAAUAUGAAAAUGAUCCGAUGACGACUACCACUACAACAAACGAUAAUCAUCCGAAUGAUACUACUCAUGAACAAUGGAAAUCGUCAAUUGAAAAACAAUUUCGCACUGAUAUUAUUCAUCAGUCGAAUAAACCAUGUUGGAAUCAAUCGUUUGUUUAUAAACUGACAAAAAAUCAAUUAAAUUCCAUUGUUAUCUAUUUCGAAGUAUUUCAAUACAAUGAUCAAUACGUGGAUAUAAGUUUAGGACAAUUAAAAAUCCCAUUGAAUCAAAUUGAUCAUAGUGAAUAUGCUGGACGUGUAUUGGAGAAAACUGAUUGGUUAUCGACAUCGAUGAGUCACCUGAGAAAUUCCAAUUUAGGUGAACUAUGUAUUGGAUUAGGUUAUUAUCCAGACACGUCACGUAUUGAUCUGUGUGUGUUUGAAGCGAGAAAUUUAAAUCUUGAUCAAUAUUUCAAUGAUUUAAUAAUAAAUGAAGAUGAUAGUAAAUGGAAAUUUUUGAAAACUUCUCAAACUGAAUUAAAUAUUGAAAUUUAUUUAAAGUAUCAUGAUCGUCGUUUAUUGAAAAAGUGUAAAACUCAAACACGUAAAGAAUUAAUCAAUCCAUAUUUUAAUGAAACAUUUAGUUUUAAAAUUAAAGAGAAACAUAUUAAGAAUGCAUAUGUCAAGUGUCAAUUAAUGCAAGUGGAGAAAUGGCGUUUUAAACGAAUACUUGGUGAAGUGUCGAUUGGUUUAGAAGCUGUCCAGUUGAAAGGUACUAAACAUUGGGAUGAAAUGUUAAAAACACCCGGGAAAUUACAUGUUCGAUGGCAUUCUAUUUUGCCAGUUAUGAUUAGUAAACGUAUUCCAUUCAUAUCAGAAUUAUUGUGUAUUGAUUAUUUCCAAAGUGAUAAUUAA